GGCGACACUCUGUUGAUGACCGCGGCGGAGCACGAGGCUCUCGAUGUGAUGAAGUAUGCCUUGCGGUCUGGCGCCAGCAUGGAAGACAGAGACGAGCACAGGCGGACAGCGUUGCUCCGAGCUGCCAUGGCUGGGAAGUUGCUGUCAGUGAGGUUCCUCAGAGAGCAGGGAGCACACAUGUCGGUGCAAGACAAGCAUGACAGUUCGGUUCUUGACAUGGCCGUGCGGUCAGGCAAGAUCAAGGUGGUUGAGUACCUGAUC